CACACACACUCGCACACACACACGUGUGCGCUGCUCCGCUGCCGAUCUGCUGCUGCCCCGGCUCCCGGCUCCGCAGUGGCAGGCAGGGCCGGCCCGCUCCUGCUCUAAAUAUAUAAAUUACAGCCCGGCUCGGCCUGGCGGCCCCUCGCGGAGCCCCGGCGCCCCUCCCGUCAGUGCGCCGCUGCCAGCCCCGGGACCUUUUCAUCUCUUCCCUUUUGGCCGGAGGAGCCGAGUUCAGAUCCGCCACUCCGCGCCCGAGACUGACACACUGAACUCCAUUUCCUCCUCCUAAAUCUAUUUCUGCUUAAUAGCCACUCGUCUAUUUUUUUUCCCCCCACAUCUGGUUGCUCCAAGAAAAAUUUUUCUUACUCCCCAAAGUCAGGGUUCCCCCUGCCCAUCUCGUAUUAAUAUUUUCACUUUGGGAACUCCUUGUCCUUUUCUUUUUUCUUUCUCUCUUUUUUUUUCUUUUCUUUUCUUUUUUUUUUUUUUUUAAAGAAUCAAGCAAGAUACGUUUUUCUAUUGGGCAUUGACUCUCCGAUUGUUUGCAAAAGUUUCGCAUUAAAAACAAACAAACAAACAACUCUCCCUGGGCUGUACUUAGAGACUUGUUCGUUUCUUUGUUUUCUGCUUCUUGUUAGUUUAUUUUUUUUUUUAUUUUUUUGGUAACAACAAAGACAAAAGCAAAACUUUUUUUUUUUUUCCACCUUUUUAAAAAAUGCACUACUGCGUCCUGAGCGCUUUUCUGAUCCUGCAUCUGGUCACGGUGGCGCUCAGCCUGUCUACCUGCAGCACGCUCGACAUGGACCAGUUCAUGCGCAAGAGGAUCGAGGCGAUCCGCGGGCAGAUCCUGAGCAAGCUGAAGCUCACCAGCCCCCCAGAAGACUACCCCGAGCCCGAGGAGGUGCCCCCGGAGGUGAUCUCCAUCUACAACAGCACCAGGGACUUGCUCCAGGAGAAGGCGAGCCGCAGGGCGGCCGCCUGCGAGCGCGAGCGCAGCGACGAGGAGUACUACGCCAAGGAGGUUUACAAGAUCGACAUGCCGCCCUUCUUCCCCUCCGAAACUGUCUGCCCAGUUGUUACAACACCCUCUGGCUCAGUGGGCAGCUUGUGCACCAGACAGUCCCAGGUGCUCUGUGGGUACCUUGAUGCCAUCCCGCCCACUUUCUACAGACCCUACUUCAGAAUUGUCCGAUUUGACGUCUCAGCCAUGGAGAAGAAUGCCUCCAAUUUGGUGAAAGCAGAGUUCAGAGUCUUUCGUUUGCAGAACCCGAAAGCCAGAGUGCACGAACAACGGAUUGAGCUGUAUCAGAUUCUCAAAUCCAAAGAUUUAACAUCUCCAACCCAGCGCUACAUCGACAGCAAAGUCGUGAAAACGAGAGCAGAGGGCGAGUGGCUCUCCUUUGAUGUGACUGAUGCUGUUCACGAAUGGCUUCACCAUAAAGACAGGAACCUGGGAUUUAAAAUAAGUUUACACUGUCCCUGCUGCACUUUUGUACCAUCGAAUAAUUACAUCAUCCCAAAUAAAAGCGAAGAACUAGAAGCAAGAUUUGCAGGUAUUGAUGGCACCUCCACAUAUACCAGUGGUGAUCAGAAAACUAUAAAGUCCACUAGGAAAAAAAACAGUGGGAAGACCCCACAUCUCCUGCUAAUGUUAUUGCCCUCCUACAGACUUGAGUCACAUCAGAGUCACAACCGGCGGAAGAAGCGUGCUUUGGAUGCAGCCUAUUGCUUUAGAAAUGUGCAGGAAAAUUGCUGCCUACGUCCACUAUACAUUGAUUUCAAGAAAGAUCUUGGCUGGAAAUGGAUACAUGAACCUAGGGGGUACCAUGCUAACUUCUGUGCGGGAGCAUGCCCCUAUUUAUGGAGCUCAGACACUCAGCACAGUAAGAUCCUUAGUAUAUAUAAUAGCAUAAAUCCAGAAGCAUCUGCUGCUCCAUGCUGCGUGCCCCAAGAUUUAGACCCGCUAACCAUUCUCUACUACAUUGGCAAAACCCCCAAGAUUGAACAUCUUUCUAAUAUGAUCGUGAAGUCUUGCAAAUGCAGCUAAGAUUCUUGGGCAACUGGCAAGACGAAAAUCACAGUGAUGAUGACAAUGACGACAAUGAUGAUGUUUGUGACAGGAAAACAUGAGAGAGCCUUGGUUCAUCGGUGUUCAAAAAUUUUCGAAAAAGCGGUACUAAGUUCAAACACUUCGGAGGUCUGUGUUCUGUUUGUUAAAACUGGCAUCUGAAACAAAAAAAGUCGAAGGCCUUAUUCUACAUUUCACCUACUUUGUAAGUGAGAGAGAGACAAGAAGCAAAAUCUUUUUUUUUUUUUUAAGGAAAAAAUAAACACUGGAAGAAUUUGUUAGUGUUAAUUAUGUGAACAAACAAACAACAAACAAACAAACAAAAAAACAGGAAAAUCCCAGUAAGUGGAGUUGCUGUACGUACCGUUCCUAUCCCACGCCUCACUUGAUUUUUCUGAAUUGCUAUGCCAUAGGCAUCCUUCCCAGUCUUACUCUUUGAGCAACCAGUGAGUUAUUUAUUGUGUGUUACUAUAUAAUGAACGUUUCAUUGCCCUUGGAAAAUAAAACAGGUGUACAAAGUGGAGACCAAAUACUUUGCCAGAAACUCAUGGAUGGCUUAAGGAACUUGAACUCAAACGAGCCAGAAAAAAAGAGGUCAUAUUAAUGGGAUGAAAACCCAAGUGAGUUAUUAUAUGACCAAGUAAGUCUGCAUUAAGAUAAAGACCCUGAAAACACAUGUUAUGUACCAACUGCCUAAGGAAGCUUCUUGUAAGGUCCCAAAACUAAAAAAGCCUGUUAAUAAAAGAAACUUUCAGUCAGAAUAAGUCUGUAAGAUUUUUUUUUUCCUUUUUAAUUAUAAGUGGUUCUUUGUCAGUGUAGUAAACCAGUGAAAUGUUGAAAUGUUUUGAUAUGUACUGAUCAAACUUUGGACCUUAAAGUAUUGCUAUAUGGCUGUGCUAUAGGUUUUUUUCUUUGUUUUGGUAUAUGUAACCAUACCUAUAUUAUUAAAAUCGAUGGGUAUAGAAGCCAGCAUAAUUGAAAACACAUCUGCAGAUCUCCUUUGCAAACUAUUAAAUGAAAACAUUAACUACUUUAUGUGUAAUGUGUAAAUUUUUACCAUAUUUUUUAUAUUCUGUAAUAAUGUCAACUAUGAUUUAGAUUGGACUUAAAUUUGGGCUCUUUUUAAUGAUCACUCACAAUUGUAUGUUUGCUUUAGCUGGCCAGUACUUUUGAAUAAAGCCCCUAUAUUUUGACUUGCACUACAAAUACAUUUUUUAUAGUAUUUUCUCUACUUGUGCUUUGUGUAUUGUCCAUUACGAUGACAUAAGCUACCUGGGCCAACUUGUCCUCUUUUUUUUUUUUUUUUUACAAAAAGGAUAGAUUCAAGUUCAGUGGUCUUCCUUCAUUCAUCAUCAUUGAUCAAGUCAGACGUUAAAAAACUGCUAUGUUAGGAAAAUGGGAAAUGUUAUGGAUACAUAGAAUUGUUUUAGUUUUAGCAAGAGCUUAAGGAUCUGAUGAAAACUCAGAAUCUUGGUAACUGAGUUAAGAAAAAUUUCUCUACCUUGGUUUAAUGAGUUUUUUCACAUCAUUCUAUUGUUGGUAAAAAAGUAGACAGUUCAUAGGAAACAUCUAUUCCUUUAAUCAGGUUUUUAGUGUUCAGGGGAAAAUUGAAAAAUACACAUUUUAGUUGAUUUUUCAAAGGGGGAAAAAGUCCAGGUCAGCACAAGUCAUUUUGUUUAUUUCACUGAGGUUAAGGUUUUUAGAAAUGUUUUUUUGAAGGUUUUGAAAAGGCACAAGCCAAGUUCUCCUAUGAUCAAAAAAUUAUUUCUUUCUUCUGGGUGAGAGUUAUCUCUGUCUGAGGCUAGAGUUUACCUUGCUUUCAUAAAUAAUUUGCACACCAUUGCAGGGGAUCCUCACAUUGGGGUUUGUAGGAUAUGUCAAUUUGUCACUUGUCACUUAUUUAGCUUCAAGAUAAAAAUUAAUAAGUAAAACAAUGGAAUAUUUGCAAUUUCACCUAAACAGCCACAUAGUGAGGUGUGAAUCCACAGUGAAGUUGUUUGAUAUGGUGUACUUCUUUUUUGGAAUUUCCUGACCAUUAAUUAAAGUGAAGGAUUGGAUUCACAAGUUUGAAAACUGGAAAAGCCAGCUAAACAACCCUUGUGUUGGAUGUAACCCAAUCCCAGAUUUGAGUGCGUGUUGAUUAUUAUUAUUUUUUUUUGUCUUCCACGUUUCUAUUAAUUCUGUUUAAAUCACUUUUAUUUCUGCAGGUAUUUUCCUCUCAGAUAGGAUGACAUUUUGUUUUGUAUUAUUUUGUCUUUCCUCAUGAAUGCACUGAUUAUAUUUUAAAUUCUCUAUUUUAAGAUUUCUUGAAUCUUUUUUUUUUUAAAUUUGGGGGUUCUCUAAGGUCUUUAUUUCCCAUAAGUAAAUAUUGCCGUGGUAGGGGAGGGUGGUGGUGGGGUAAUUGGGGUUAGAAUGGGUGUGGGGUAGCAGUUUUUAUGUGUUAAGCAGCAGUACAAUUUUAUGGUUGGCAUGGUUUUAAAAAAAUGGAAUAUAAGAAUAGUUGUUUGUAUUUUGAUGACCAAUUACGCUGUAUUUUAACACAAUGUAUGUCUGUUUUUGUGGUGCUCUAGUGGUAAAUAAAUUAUUUCAAUUAUA